AUGGUUAAGUUACGCCAGAAACUGAGCGUAGCCAAUAAGCUGCGCUAUCAGCCAACCCCAAGGCUCAACACAGAUCGGCUGAAGCAAGCUGAUGUGGCGAGAGAUUUCGCGAUCGCGCUCGGGGAAGCGCUGCCGGAGGACACCACCUCCGAGGCGAAAUCCCUCAACGACCACUGGCGUAUGGUGGAGCAAGCCAUCAGCAACACGGCCGAGCGAACAAUUGGCCGCGUAACACGUAACCAGAGGAAGGAAUGGUUUGAUGAUGAGUGCAGGCGAGCACUAUCCGAGAAGAAUGCGGCGCGUACCCGAAUGCUCCAGCGCGAGACCCGGCAGAACGUGGAAAACUACAAACGACUGAGAAGACAGCAGACCCGACUCUUUCAGGAGAAGAAGCGCAGCUUUGAAGAGUCGGACGAGCAUCUGAUGCAGCAGCUAUCUCAGUCGGGGGAAACUCGCCAGUUUUACAGGAUGUUGAAUGCGGCACGAAGCGGUUUUACUCCCAUGAUCGCAAUGUGUCGCAACGUGGAGGGAGAUAUCCUGUCGGACGAGCGAGAGGUGAUCGACAGGUGGAAGUGUUACUUCGACGGACACCUGAACGGAGCAGAUACAGCAAACACAGGACGAGGCACAGGAAGCAGAAUUGAGCAGCAGAUUGGCAGCCAACAUGACGAAGACGAAGUGCCCCCACCAUCCUUGGACGAGGUCAUCAGCGCCGUCAAACAGUUGAAAUGUAAUAAGUCAGCUGGCAGUGAUGGACUGGUGGCAGAACUGUUUAAGAUGGGCCCGGAGAGGCUUGCCGUUGUCAUGCAUAGGCUGAUCCUAAGGAUUUGGGACCAGGAAGAACUACCGGACGAAUGGAAACUGGGUGUCAUACACCCAGUCUACAAAAAGGGCGACAGAUUAGACUGUGCUAACUUCCGAGCCAUCACAAUCCUUAAUGCCGCCUAUAAGAUCCUGUCCCGCAUACUCUUCUGCAGACUUGCGCCCCUUGCUACAGAUUUCGUCGGAAACUACCAGGCUGGGUUUGUUGGAGGCAAAUCGAUCACCGACCAAAUCUUUACUCUUCGGCAGAUCCUCCAGAAGUGCCGAGAGCACCAGAUCCCUACGCACCACCUGUUCAUAGACUUCAAGGUGGCCUACGAUACCAUAGAUCGGACAGAGCUAUGGAACACCAUGCAGCAGUACGGAUUCCCUGGAAAGCUGGUACGGCUGUUGAGGGCCACUAUGGAUGGGGUGCAGUGCAAGGUGAGGGUGUCGAACAUGCUGUCGGAAUCGUUCGAAUCUCACCGGGGUCUGAGGCAAGGUGACGGACUCUCCUGUUUGCUGUUCAACAUCGCUCUGGAAGGUGUCAUGCGAAGCGCGGGCUUCGACAUCAGGGGCACGAUUUUUACCCGAUCUCUCCAAUUCCUAGGCUUCGCGGAUGAUAUCGACAUCAUCGGACGGACAUCUGCGGCGGUGUGCAAGGCGUACACCCGACUGAAACGCGAGGCCUCUAGGAUUGGAUUGAGGAUCAAUGCGACGAAGACAAAGUACCUGCUUGCUGGGGGCUCUGAUCGUGAUAGAACCCGACUCGGAAGCAAAUUAUCAGUUGACGGUGACGAUCUCGAGGUGGUAGAGGAGUUCUGCUACCUUGGCACGAUCGUAACUUCGGACAACAACAAAACGACAAGAUCGGUACGAGUAUCGCUACUGAAGAAGCUGUGUGCGAUGAAUCUUACAGUGUCUGGAAACAUAGAAGAUCAUAUUCGUAGCUUCGACGAUUUAUUCGAUCGCCUUGACGCCGCGGGUACUAAACUGGACAAAGACACGAAGAUUUGUAUGGUUUUACGCAGUUUGCCGGCUUCAUACGACGGUUUAGUUACGGCGCUUGACGUUUGUUCGGACGUCGACAUAUCGCUUGAAGUGGUUGAAUCCAAACUCAUUGAUGAAUACAACCGUCAACAAGAAAGAAAAGGUAACGGACACGUCAAAGUAGAGAAAGCAAUGCGAUCUGCAGAAGGUAAGCCGGAUCAUGGUACGACCGGAGGAUUGCGUAUUUGCCAUUACUGUAAGAAACCUGGCCAUUACAAGCAAAACUGCAGAAAAUUUCUUGCCAACAAGAAAAAGGAAGAAUCGUCAAGUAAUUCGGUAAAAGCUAAAGCUGCACAGAGUGAUUCACAAAGUGUUGCUUUUACUGUAAUGAAAAAGGAAAAAUCGCGUAGCUGGGUGAUCGAUAGUGGUGCUAGUGCACACAUGACAAACGAUCAGUCAUUUUUCGAAUCAUUGGAAAAAUUUGACAGUGGAUUCAUUACCAUGGCAGACGGCAAAAAGACACAAAUCAAAGGUGAAGGAAAUGGUGUACUGUAUGGUAUUAACGGUUCUGCCAAAGUCAUGAAGAUUGAAAUGAACGAUGUCAAAAUCGUACCAGGGAUCUCCACAAACCUGAUAUCGGUCGGGAAGUUGGCAACGAAAAGACUGAAGGUGUUUUUCGAUAAUGAUGGGUGUAAAAUCGUCAACACAGAUGGUGUAGUGGUUGCUACCGGAACCCGUCACAGCAGGUUGUAUUAUCUCAACGUAGUCGAAGCUUCGAUGGCGGCAUUGCAUGUAGGAUAUAUGUGA